CACAGUUUUUGUCCAAAUAGUUUGUUGUGUCGCUGUAGGCUGUUCCGCUUGUCAGAACAGAGACAGAAAGACUAUGUAUUUAUUUUAAAACAAAAAUAAAGUGACAAUUUCUUUUCGUGUUCCUUUAUGGUAAGUAGUAGCUAGUCGCUGUCAAAUAUUGCUAACAGUCAAUUGUUUUAGCGUGUUAAAAAUUAACUCGUACUUGACGUACUUCCCUAUUGGCUGGGAUGACGUGUCAAUAAAGUUUAUUCAACGAAAAUACAAAUGCAUGUAUUAAAACAUAUAAUUUCAUAUUAGGUUAACAUUAUGCGUUAUUAAACACACUGAGGUUACUUUGUUUGUUUAUGAAUAUUGAAAGGUGCCAGCGCACAUAGCUGGCCAAGACCUCUUUGCGCUAGCAGGUUAGCUCGCUAAGCUAACCAGGAAGGACGAAGUGACAGCGGCGGUUUAUUAGCGUCGCGCCCCCCUUCUGCCCUCCUCCUGCCUCGCUCCACUGUCGACUUCGGAGCACUUCCACCGUCCCCCGGGCGCCACUUUCCACAGACGUGUUUGCGUGCGCUCGCAUGGGCAGCGGAGGAGUACACCGAAAUCUUCCGAAAAGCCCACGCUCUCCGUCGUCUGUCGUGCCUCGUCUCUCUGUCAAGUUUUUAAAGCGAAUUGAAGAUGGCGACCAGCUCGGAGCGCAGUCCUCCUCCGUUCCCUGACUCCGGAGACGCCGCAGGCCGAGGCAGCGAUGAAGACGACGGAGACGACCUCUUCAUGAGUGUGAGCGACUCCUCACUUAGCGAGUUGCCGUCAGUAAGCCGGCCCAGUGACGAUUUGACGACUCCUCCCAGUGACGCCACAAGCGACCCCACGAGUGACCUCAUCAGCAGCGGGUCGGAAUCCAAAACGCUGAGCGACAAUUUGACGACACCUCCCAGUGACGUCAUGAGCGACGCGGUUGGCAGCAGCUCGGGAUCCAAAACGCCGAGCGAGCCUUCCGACGAGUUUGAUGACCUCGCAGGCAACUGGAUGAGUCCGGCCGUCUCUGUCGCUUCCAGAUGUGAAGCGAGAGCCUCCAGUGAAAACCCUUUUAACGAUGAUUUCGUUGACAUACUGGGAAGCGAAACUGACCCACAGCAACAGGAAGUUGAGGUCGAGGAUGCGGGUGAAAGCCGGUCGGAUGAGUGUGGUAACGCAAAAGAGGAAGUAAAAAAAAACGCACAGCUUUUAGACGUCAGUUUGUCAGUGGAUCCCGCACCACAGCUAUCUAGCAAAAUAGUCGACCCUCUAGCCGACCUCUUUGACGAUCCUCUCCCCGCUGCGGGCCAGAAGCAAAGCGCUGCCGCGGACCUGUUCGAAGACGAGGGCAGCGACUUGUUCGCCGACCCGCGGCAAAUCAGAUCCGCCAGGCCGCCGCAGAAGAUCCUCUUCAGCGAGCCUGAUGAGGAUCUGUUCGGGGAGCCGCUGGGCACCAAGAAGAACCCCGCCGCUGAAGAGCCGCAGGCCGAGCCUCUCGCAGACAAGUCUCCGAGCGGCGACGGCAAAGCGGGCCGGGGACCGCUGCUGGGGCGUAACCACGGCGACCUCUUCACCGAGGAAGCCGUCGCCCCCAGCGACAGCUCUCGCCUCAACUCCCGGACGAACGGGGUCCAUGUGGAAGAAAGCUCUGAUAUAUUUGCAGAAGCCACAGUGGAGCUGUCUCUCGACAGUCCGCGGAGCGAGAGGAAGGACGCCACCGUCGCCAAACCUUCCUCGUCGGCUCCCGCCGUGCCAAGCGCCGCCAGUGUGUCCAAGCCUCCGCCGGCUGUGCUGGAAGAACUGGAAGAAGAAGAGGAGGAGUCAGAGCUUGAAGACAAAUUUGACAUCACCAUCUCUAUUACCGACCCAGAAAAAAUAGGGGAUGGAAUGACCGCCUACAUGGCCUACAAAGUGUCCACUCGGACCACGUUGUCCAUGUUCUGCAACAAGACGUUCACGGUGCGCCGACGCUUCAGUGACUUCCUGGGCCUGUACGAGAAGCUCUCUGAGAAGCACGCACCCAAUGGCUUGAUCGUGCCCCCUCCGCCGGAGAAGAGCAUCCUGGGUAUGACCAAGGUGAAGGUGGGAAAGGAGGACUCGUCGUCCGCGGACUUUGUCGAGAGAAGAAGAGGCGCCCUGGAGAGGUAUCUUCAGAGGGUGGUCACUCAUCCUUCGCUUCUCCAAGACCCCGACGUGCGAGAGUUCCUGGAGAGAGAGGAAUUGCCCAGAGCCGUGAGCACGCAGGCUCUAAGUGGCGCCGGAUUCUUGAAAAUGAUCAACAAGGCGACGGACGCCGUCAGCAAAAUGACCAUCAAGAUGAACGAGUCCGACGUGUGGUUCGAGGAGAAGCUGCAGGAGGUGGAGUCAGCAGACCAACAGUUCAGGAAGCUCCACGCGCUGGUGGAGUCGCUGGUCAUCCACAGGAAAGAGCUUUCUAUGAACACGGCGAGCUUCGCCAAGAGCGCCGCCAUGCUGGGCAGCGCGGAGGACAACACGGCGCUGUCCCGAGCCCUCUCGCAAUUGGCUGAGGUGGAGGACAAGAUGGAGCAGCUACACCAGGACCAGGCGGCCAACGACACCUUCUGCUUCGCCGAGCUCAUUGCCGAUUUCAUCCGACUGCUCGGUGCCGUCAGGGGCUCAUUCGACCAUCGCAUGAAGGCGUGGCAGCGCUGGCAGGACGCGCAGAGCACGCUGCAGAAGAAGCGUGAGACCGAGGCCAAACUCCAGUGGGCCAACAAGCCCGACAAGCUGCAGCUGACCAAAGAGGAGAUCGCAGAGUGGGAGGCCAAAGUGACGCAGUACGAGCGAGACUUUGACAGAGUGUCAGCCACCGUGCGCAAGGAAGUGGUCCGCUUUGAGAAAGAAAAAGCGAGGAAUUUCAAAAGACAGAUCAUAAAAUAUCUGGAGAAUCUGCUCAAGUCCCAGCAACAGCUGAUCAAGUACUGGGAGGCCUUCUUACCCGAAGCGAAAGCUAUCGCCUGAGUGGGGGCGCUUCUCUACUUGGCCUUUUCUUUUUUGUCCUUUUGGCUCACACUUGACCUCUCGCCUUUAAAACCUAGGGAGGACGUGUGCGCAUUGUUGUAAAAAAAAAAAAAAAAGUUUACAAUCAACCCUUUUCUAAAUCAACCUUUAGCUCUUUAUAGCUAUAUUUCCCUAUCAUGUAACCUUCCGCAAAUAUUUUCUUAUAAAACAAAGAAGGCGCGCGACCCGUUUAUUCAGGGUUUGUCGUUUACAGCACGUAGCCCUCUGGCUAAACGACUCAAAAGGGAUAAAGCUGAAAUUUUGUUUGGAUUUAAAAAAUAAAUAAAUAAAUAAAUAAAGUACUUCAAUACCAGCUGUCUUGGGUUAAACGUGUUUUUGAUGCUGCGAUGGGCGAAGAGCCAUUAGAAUCGCUGGGACGUGCACACAAUCGCCUCGUACGUUUGACGUCACUUGUAUAUUAAAAGAAAUACGAAUAACAAAAAUGACUUCACAUAUCUGUGCCUUCUAUAAAGGAACGGACGCGAUGAGACACUUUCGGGCAACGUUACGAAUGCCGAAGUUUUUUUUUUUUUUUUUACAGUGCAUAUUUGCUUAAGGCAUUUUCCUCAUCUACUGUACGAAGGAGUAUUUGGAUUACACUACAGCGGGAAAAAUAUCGGAUUAAAAGUCAUACAAUAUUUGCAAUUGCUACGAAUGUUACUGGUUGAUAAGACCUAACUAUUUCACAUGCGAAGACAUGGAAAUCACAACUUAACUGGUUGUAAAGUUUACGUUUUUUUUGGGGGUGGGGGGGUUGGUAGUAACCAACCUUAUGAACAAAAAGGUUUGUGUUAUAUCUCUCCAUUUGCUGCAUUGACACUAACAUGAAAAGAGCCGCGAAAAUGUUAUGAACAAUACUGGUUCACGACGCAACAAACAACAAAAGUAUUGAUGGUAAUAUUUGUGGUGGGGUCGUGGUUCUCUGACUUUUACCUGCUUUGCAAGCAGCAACUCUUACAAACAACAACAAAAAAGCAUUUUUCGGGUUACAUUAAAACAGAACAAACAAUGUUGGUGAGAGUUGACCACACAACAAAAGUAAAAAUUUUACACGCAAACAUUGAAAUUACAACGUGACUCAUUUAUCAGUAAAUCAUUUUUUUGUUUCUGUUAAUUUCAUCUGUCUUGCUAGCAACAAACAUUACGAACAAACUUACGUUUUUUUUUCAUUAGCAUCUUUUUUUUCUUCUGUUGCCUGAAGGUGUAUUUGAAUUACGCUUAACGUGACAAAAAUCGAUAAAAUAAAAAGGGUUGCGUAGAUCUAAUUGUUACGAACGUUAAUGCUUGACAGCCACAUUUCACCCACAAAAAAUUGAAACUACAACUUGACUCAUUUAUUGUAAAAUGUAAAAAAAAUUGUUGCUGUGAAUUUCUUUCUGAUAGCAGCAAACAUUACGAACAAAGGAGUUUUUUUUUUUUUUUAGUGCAUGAUUUCCUUUAUCCUUUUUCAAAUUGCACAAACAAAAUCUGAUUUAUUGGUCAUACAAAAUUUUGAAAUAACAUAGUUACAAAUUAAAUAAACUAUUUCACCCCAAAAAAAAUUAAAAUUACAAAUUCUAAAUUGUACUCUUUUGGAUUUUAAUUUUUUGGGGGGUAAAAUGCCGUCCUUAUUUUACUGUAUUUAAUAUAGUUGUUCAUUUGUGUUGAUUUUUCUUGCAAAAUUAUGACUUUAUAUUCAAAAUAUAUAUAUUUUUUUUUUACCCCUCUUGUAUUUUUGCCAUUUUGCUCAUAACAGCCCUUUUAUUUUCAUAAGACUUAUCGUGGCCCAAAUAUUCCUUAGUACUUGUGGACAAAAUAUAACAAACAUGAAUAAUGUUAAAUGUCAAACAAGCAUUUUGUUGUUGUUAAAAGCAACGUAGUGUCAUGACAUACUGUUGAGAAGGAAUCUUGCUGUACAAUCAAGUGUGCGUCGCGGCUAACAUCCAGAAACAUCCUGACACUGAAAAUAUAUUCAACGUAUAGAUAUAUUUACAUGUUAAAAUUUUCUUUUAUAUAUAUAUAUAUAUAUAUAAAUUUUCCUUUGCAAGUCUCAUCUAUCAUGAAUUAAGUCGGACAUUAACUAAAUAAAAUUAAGUGAGGAAAAUGUUUAAUAGCUUGAAUUUUGACAUUUGACCAUGAUGCUACGCUAUGCAAUUCUUUAAUGACAACCUUUCACCUAAUAGGUUAAAUCACUGCAAUGUUUCACCGCGCCGGGCGCUGAAUGAAAAGCGAUAUCGUAGCAGGAAAAGAAAUGUCACCAAUGUACACCUGUGUCAUGGAAAUUGCCUUGGAAAAGAAAUCAAAUAAAAGUUGCACUGUUUACACUUGGAUAUUUCA